UACAUUCAUCAAACAAAAAUUGACAAAAACGAUUUGACAUAAAUUAUUAAUGCAUUUAUUAAGUUAAUGAAAGAAAACUAUACAAAAACAAUAUUUAAAUCAUGUCGAUGCAACAAAUGUCUCCAGAAAAUGUUAAUUCCGAGCAAAUCAAAUCCUUCAGGGAUUUUGUGAUGUCUUACAAUAAAUUGUCGGAGCGAUGUUUUGUAGAUUGUAUAAGUGAUUUUACUUCCAGAGCUAUUAAGCCUUCAGAGGAAAAAUGCGCGUUAAACUGCAUGGAAAAGUAUUUAAAAAUGAACCAACGUGUCUCCCAACGUUUCCAAGAAUUCCAAAUGAUAGCAAACGAAAACGCCAUAGCCCUAGCCCAACAAUCUGGACAACUACCCAAAUAGUACAAUUUUUAAUCUAGUAGUAGUCUAAUAUUAUUAUAAUUUUAUUAAAUAGUUAUUGCUGUUACUGCCAAAUACUAUUAUAUUUAAUAAAA